GUGUGGGAGGAGAUAAAUAACGUGAUUAAAUGCGGUACUACUGUGUUUACUAGCAAUGCAUUACUACCACAACAUGCCCUUAACAACCAAACAAAACAACAGCGUGAAUACUACUAACACCGUUUAGAACCCAUGUAACUUAAAAAUGGUUGCCGCUAUGACAGAAACUGAUAUUGACCAAUUUAUUCGAGAACAGAAAAAUAAACUGCAGAAGGAAAGAAGUAGUUUUGAGUUACUCCAAAACGGACAAAUUUUGACUGAUUCUUCUAAUAUUCCUGGAGAUCCAGUUUCCUAUGUGACCCCCCGACAAAAUGGUGCUGCUACCAGACAGAAUGAGCUCCUUAUAUCUAAGGAGAAUGAAAUGACAAUUCCACAACUGGAAUCCCCUGCAAGGAAGAACUUCUCUCGGCAGGAAUUGAACAUUGAACGCUUGGAACGACAGCUAAAUGAGCUGAGGGCCAUGUCAGUGUCUGCAGGAGAGAAGUUGAACAGUCAAAGACAGACAACACAACAGCCUGAGCCACCACCAAAACCAGUGACCAAGAACACCACAGAAUCUGUGGAUUUUUUUUCCAAGUUUGGUGAAUAUGACAAAAAAAAGAAGAAGCUGAGAGCAGAACUAGAGAACGAUUACCAAAAGCAUUUGGCUGGGGCGAACCUGCGACGAUAUGGUAACCCUAAAGGACCGGUAGACAAUACAGCUUCACACCCAGGCAUUGGAAGCAGUCUCUCACUGGAUGUCUUUGGUGUAGAAAAGCCCCCGUUGCGUAAUCGCUUGAAAGCUAUUGAGAACACGGAAAGUUCAGAGCCCAGUAAACAUAUCAAAUGGGUAAAUGGACCCCAUGAAAGGAGUAGAGAUGAGCCGAGUACUAGCAGGCAAUACCAACCAACACUCAAUGAAGAAAUAGAGUCUCGUCUUCGAAGAAACCAAUCACCAUUACUUGCAGUAUCUAAUAAUUUACUUGAUGAUCCUCUUUGGGACGAACUACGAGAGGUUCCACAUCCUUUAGACUCCAAAAUUUCCCCUCUCCCUCAAAGCCAUCCACUGCCAACUCUGCCAGCUACCAAUAUAUCAGAAAUCUUUGCAGCAAACAAGGGAACUGAACAAUUUCAACACAAAAGUCCUAUAAACUCAGGAACUCCCACCAGAAGUCGAUAUCCUCCAAGAAAGACUGAAGAUACCUAUGCUACUCUACCAUUGGGUACGGAAAGAAAGAGCGCUAGACAACGACAAAAGCAGAGCUAUCGGGAGGAACUUCAAAGACAAAUUGAUGAAAAGAAUGCUGCUAAAUUGGAAGAGAAACAAUUGUCGAAGAAAAUCUAUGAACCGUUGCUGCCAUUUGGUCAGGCUAAAAAGGAAACUCAAUCUGCGACAAAAGACAUUCUCCAAGAUUAUAGAAGCCCUCUACUUGACUCUCAACAUCCUCAAUUAUCUGGGAGACUUACAGGGAAUGACAACCAACAGCUUAUGAGCAGAAGUAUCAGCACCCUGCCUCUAAACAAUCACGUACCACCUCUCCCUCCCAGUUUGCUCUAUGAACCGUCUGGUCUGUUACAAGAUGGUGGUAGCAGUUCCAUUGAUGAUGCAUAUCGUUUUUAUGGCAUUAAAGACCAUUUUGAUAACUCUGUGACAACAGGUUUUGAACCUUCCUUCCUUGGUAACAGAACUGAAGAACUAGAAACUAAAGCACAGCCAAAAAAGAACUUUUCAAAUGUGACAAACUCCAAAGAAAACUUCGGUACCAGACCUGGGGCUUUGGUAUUUGGUGAAUCAGAUAACAAUAAGAACAGCUCAAGGACGAAAGAGCAAGUUUAUUUAAAAGCACUGGAGAGGCAGAUUGAAGAGAAAAAAGCUCUAAAGCUGAAAGAAAAGCGAGAUCAAGAGAAUUAUGAGAAAACGCUGGAAGAAGAAAGUCGAAAUUACAAUCCAUUUGGUCGGGGAGGUGGUGGUGCUCCCUUAAAAGAUUCUAGUGGAAAUGUUCUUGCCAAUCUUCGCCAGAUUAAAAGAGACUUGAUGAAUGAAGAUCCAACUGCAAGGAUUAGCCAAAUUACUUCAGCCCCCUUGCAGGAGGUGUCUAAUUUUGGUCUACCUUCUAAUGAAGUUACUGCAGGUCCUCUUUCAAAUUUGAACAACCCACUCAUGGAAACUUCCCAUGCUAGAGGAGGUCAUGGUAUAUUUGGACAGCCUAAAACUGACGCCCAGAAGUCUGCUAUGGACCAGUAUCGUGAUGAACUACAAAAGCAGAUUAUGGAGAAAAGAAACAGAAAACUGGCUGAGUUGGAACUUCAGAAACAAGAGGAAGAUAAGGUUAACAAACGUUUGGAAGAUGAUCGCAAGAAGAUGCAGGAAGAAUUUGAACAGGAAGUGAAAAAGAAGAAAGCUAAAGCUGAAGAAGAGAGAAGACGUGAAGAAGAGAUGAAGCAGCUGCUGGAGAGCAAGAAGGCAGCAGCAGAGAAACAGGUAAAAGACGCUGAAGAGAGGCGAGAAAGGGAGAGGAGAGAGAGAGAGAGAAAACUAGAGGAAGAACAACAGCAGCAGCAACAUCAACAGUCAUCCCAACGUCCAAAAUCCCCACCAGUUCCAGCUUUGCAUCGGAAGAUCAAGUCAAACAACUCAAAACAGAAUUCACCUAGAGACUCUGUUAACUCUGCUAGGCCAGGUUCUGCUAGGACCAGCACUUCUAGACCAGACUCUGCUGUCCAGUCAACUAAAAUAUCCGGCUCUUCUCCUUCAAGACAUCCAAAAGAGGCUCCAAGAGCUCAAAGUGCUGAUGUCCUGAACCAACUGAAAGUAUUAAAGAAAGGGUUACAUCAGAAAUUACUUGAAAAUGAUCUGCGAGAUGCUACUGGAUAUGAUGCCUCUUCAGGAAUACUCGGAGGAAAGGAAUCGGCUCCAAUCAACCAAAAGGCUGUGUUAUUGCGGAGGGGCUCCCAUCAUGUUGGGGAUUCCCCAGCAAUGGUAAAUUCUGAUGUUCUAAAGGAUUUCAACCAGCUGAAGUACCGAGGUGGUUCAGCAUCCCGCAGUGUGUUCCGCAGUCGGUUUCCAGAUCCUCCCAGUGAUGUUUCCAGUCUGGAAUUACAACAGAGAGAAAUGAUUAAACAACAGGAAGAAACUUUGCGAAAGAUCAGAGCAAAUGGAGGCUACAAAUACAAUUAUGAGAACGGUCAUCCUCCACUACUGAGACAGAAGACGGUCAGUCCAUUCCCUAUGCUGGACUCCAAGUCUGCUUUCUAUGACACCGACCAUAUGGCUCCUCUCACUCACAUAUUUCCUGAUGAUAACUUGAACAAGAAUGAAUCAGCAAGAUCUCGACGUCGUCAUCACCUCCAUUCUCCACAGUUGACUCCUUUGGACAAUCGUUCCAUCCGUUCUAAUUCUGCAACAUCGUUUGCUAGUCUGAACCCUGAGACGUUAGCAGCGAGAAACGAGGAAAGGUUAAAAAAACUUCAAAACAUGUCAGAUGCCAUAUCCUUAACAGAACCUGAAGAAAUUCUGGAUAAAUUUAUGUUGAAACAACAAAGAAAACCAUCAACACCCAAUUCAAUAUUUUGAAGAAGUCAUCUUACCAAAGAAUCUGGAUGAACCCACUGUCCCUAUAUAUGUGGCUACAACACUAUCCUCCUAAAUUUGGAUACAUCACGGACCCCAUCUAUAUUUGGAUAUGCCCCUCUCCCCUUAUAUUUGAUAUAUCCCCAAUUGUUUAUAUUUGAUACAUCACUGUCCCAUUAUAUUUGGAUACAACACUGUCCCCCACUAUAUUUUGUGAUAUUGACUAUGUUGCUGUACACAUAUUUACAUGAUGCAUUUGUGUGCACACUCACGUUCUCUCACACACACAAACUAUCUAUGUAACUUUCUUACAAUACACACACACACACACACACACACACACACAAAGACUUGGAUGACCUGGUACCUUGAAGCUGACCAGUCAUAUUAUUUAUUAAUGUCCUCUUUUAACUCUCCCUUCUGUAUAUUUUAUCAUCAUUAUAGUCAUCCAUCAUCAUCAUCACUAUCUCAUAAGCAAAACAACUGUCUGAUGGAUAAUUGUCCUUUAAAAUGUUCAUCCCUCUAUUGCACGAUACCAUUCACCAUCCAUUCUCAAAUUUGAUUAUAUCAAACCUAAUUUACCAAAUGUCUAAUUGUGAUAUCUACCUUUUAUUGUAAGAUAAUAAUUUAUCAAAUCUGAUUGAUAAACUGUAAUAUAUUAAUUAGUCUGUAUAAUAAUUGUAAUAUAUAUAUAUAUAUCUAUAUUUAUCAGUCCCAAUUGAUAAAUUGUAAUAAAUUAAUUAGUCUGUAUAUUAAGUGUAAUAUAUGAAUUUAUCAGUCCUGAUUGAUAGAUUGUAAUAUAUUAAUUAUUAAUUGUAAUAUAUUACUUUAUCAGUCUUGAUUGAUAAAACUUUAAUAAAUUCAUUAGUCCGUAUAUUAAGUGUAAUAUAUUAAGUUAUCAGUCCUGAAUGAUAAAUUUUAAUAAAUUGAUUAGUCUAUACAUUAAUUGUGACAUAUUAAUUUAUCAAUCCUGAUUGAUAAAUUUUAAUUUAUUAAUUAAUAUGUAUAUUAAUUGUAAUAUAUUAUUUUAUCAAUCCUAAUUGAUAAAUUUUAAUAUCUUAAUUAAUCGGCUUAUUUACCAUAAAAUGCUAAUUUAUUACUUAUCCCAAUCCAGUGAGGGAAGCUCUACACUAGUCAUGGGCGAACUGAAAUCCUAAGGACUUUUUUUCUGGUCCAGUUAACAAAAAGUUACCUUGAAUUUUUUUCUUAGUUAUGCCGUCUGCCCACGCGGCCCAUUUCUCAAAAAAGGAGCCUAUACCUGUUCUGCAUGAUUACUUGGCUUGCUAGAAAUAAUUACCAAAUUCCUUCAAAUUACAUUUUACUGUCUUAGAAAAUGAAGGACAUACUAAACAAUGUAGUCCCAGAUGUACAAAAAGACUGGAUGGUCAUGUUUAGAAUACCUUUGACUGAGGUUGCACUGGAGCUAAGCAACAACUUUGUUCACUGUUAUAUUUUUCUGCUUGUCUUGAAGAUGACAAGCUAGAAGAACCAGUAAAGCAUCGGAGAAAAUGCAGAAUUUGCCCUGAGUCUUUACAUUUCGAGUUCAAAUCCUACCAAGGUCAACUUAGCCUUUCAUCCCCACUGGAUCAAUAAAAUAAAGUGCCAAUCAAGUACUGGGGUCAAUGGUAUCAACUACACCCUUCCUUUCAAAAUUUCUGGUAUCCUACCUGCAUCAGAAACAAUAUUUUGCUACUUGGUAUUAUCAUUUUACAUUUAUUUUUCCAUGCUUAUAUCAGUUGGAUGUGGCUUCCUCAUACACAAGCCUCGUGCCACCUGCCAGAGUUGCUUGUCGUUUCCUUCUUGGAAGUUCAGCAUCCUGCGAUCAUCUUUCACCACUCCUCCCUCAUGUCUUCCUCUUCGACAAGCUCCUUCCACUUGAACUGUGUAGAGUUUCUUUAGCCAGCUCUCAUUUCCCAUAAACAUCACCUGUCCACACCUGUGCAGUUUUCUCUCUGGUGCACACUACAUCUGAUUCAUUUAACACUCUGUUUUUCUUUCCCCCCACUUCCUCAGCUCAUUAGUGUUCCGGUGGUCAUGCAAAGCCAUACACACACACACACAUGUAUGUAUAUAUAUAUAUAAACAUAUACACACAAUCUACAUAUACUGUGCACAUACAAGAAAAAAAGUUACUCUGAGCUUACAGGUACAUAAGACUAAAAUGUUCUACAAGAUAUUCUCCUGAACGAGACAUCAGUCAAUUGCAGGGUUAACCCCCCCUUCCCUCCAUGUAUUACUGGUACAUAUUUUCUGAUGAAUAGACUAGAGCAACACGAAAUAAAGUGCCUUGCUUAAGAAUAUAAGAAUACCAUGUGUUGCUCAGUCUGAAAGUUGCAUCCAAGACUCUAAUUACUAGGCUCUAUGCCUUUAUAUUUUUAUCGUUUUUGUUUUACUUGUUUCGGUCAUUAGACUGUGGCCAUGCUGGGGCACUGUCCUGAAGAUUCUCUUAGUCGAAUGAAUCGACCCCAGUACUUAUUUUUUCCUAAGUCCGGAUACUCAU